AUGCCUAUCAAAUGGGGAGAACAGGCUGAUGCCAGACUACUUGUCGGCAUCAUAACUCUCCAUAGCUUCAAGCUCGACCACAAGGCCUUAGCCGAGUUCAUGGGUCAAGAUUGCACAGCCAGUGCCAUACAGCAUAGAGUCCAGAGAAUCAAGGAGAUGGUCCGUAACUCUUCUCCUACGAAAGAUACUGCUGCUGCUACCUCUCCUGGCUCUGCUACUCACGCGGAGGAAGAAGAUGGUGAUGUGGCUCCCGACUCGACUCCCACCAAGCCCAAGAGAGGUAGGCCCGCGAAGCGUGGUACAAAGAGCAGUGGCGGACCAGCUUGCGGGUUCCUGGGUUCUACGAGAAUGGGAUUGGCGGCUGUUAUUGAAAGUGUUUAG